UUUCAGUACCUGUGCUUGUGUGGAAUAUUACGGGAAAGCUUUGGAGUCUUUGAUUAAGAACGUGAAAAUCAUGUGCAUCCAUGGAAAGAUGAAACACAAAAGGAACAGGAUCUUUACAGAGUUCCGGAAACUUCCAAGCGGCAUCCUGGUGUGUACCGACGUGAUGGCCCGUGGCAUAGACAUCCCGGAGGUGAACUGGGUUUUGCAGUACGACCCCCCAAGCAGUGCAAGUGCCCCAUGGAGGAACUGAAUCCGCAGAGGAACGUCGUCGACGUCCUUCCGAAGCUGAAGUCGCUGAAUCUGGCCGACCGAGCCGUGUACGAAAAAGGGAUGAAGGCCUUUGUCUCUUGCGUCCAAGCCUACGCCAAGCACGAAUGCAACCUGAUCUUCCGGAUCAAAGGUGAGCUGGCUUGGCUGGAAAACGGUUCUGACGUUGACAACGAGGAUAUGGAGGAGCUUCUGAACGAUACCCGGCUUUUGAAAAAGCUCAAAAGAGGUAAAAUCAGCGAGAAGGAGUUUGAGAAGACGCUGCUGGGCGGUGGGAAAGGAGGAAGCGGCUCGGAUUCCGAAGGAUAAAAAGACGAUGUGAAAAACGGGGACGUUUCUCAACUAAUGCGGACUCUCUGGCUGGGGGUGCUGGAAUUCCUUAACGUCGACACUGGAUUUCUCCGUGCAAAAUGGGGAUGAUCCAAGCUGCUUCCCUUUUAUUCCCACUGGAGGCAGUGCAAAGCCAACUUUGCUGGAAGAAUUAAGUCCGUCUAAUUCAGCAUUGUCUGCCUGCAACGGAAGCAGAUGUCUUCAAGACAUUAUUUAACUUCUGCUGUUAAAAAGUCGCAGUUAAAAAUACAACCAGUUUCGUUGUAUUUAAGUCCAAUGACAAUAAAGAUGAUACUUAUACUAAAAAAUGUGAUGAAAUCUCCAAGAAAAAAGCUUAAUCCAAAUACAGCUCGGUGACAUGUUUUUACCAGCAUGUGAAUUCAAUGGACCCAACCUAGUUUUGACUUCGUGGCCUUCCUACUUUUUGGAAAAUGCAUUUUAAAUGGCAUUCUACUGCAGGUGUUCUGACUGAGGCUUCCCAAGAGCCUGAAGCCAACUCCUUAUCCCGAUAAAAAACCCUUAAAUUUCCUGUGAAUUCUGCUCAUUCACAUCCAGCAACGUCUUUCAAGGGAGGAUUUACAGUCACAGACCUUAUCUG